AUGUGCAAAGGCGGCACCUGCGACAAGUGCCAAAAGUCCUCAUGGUGGGGCUGCGGCCAGCACGUCCCUAUGGUCAUGGAUAAGCUUCCUAAGGAGUCGUGGUGCACCUGCGAGCCCAAGGUCGAGAAGGAGGGGACGCGGUAUCCGCCUAUGGCGCCGAAGGCGGAUUGA